GUUAGCUGAAGCCUCCCCACCCAUGCCUGGAAAUCUGCAGAUCGAGCCGAACCGGAAAUUGCCGAUGUGUUGAACAAAGGAAGAUGCAUCAACCUCUGCUUCGUUCCUCCAGAACCGCCGUUCAAUCCCUCACUUUCGCGCCAAAAAUCUCAUCCAUCCUGCUACACUCCUCUUCAUUAUCCCAAUCUCAAGAAAUCGAAACCCAGAAAGAAGAACUGAAGGAAGAUCGGCGACCUUCUGUAGCCACCUCCCCAAUUGGGUCUCCGAUGAGAGUGCAGAAACUCAUAGCAUCUCAAUCAGACCCUCUCCUCGCCAGAGAAAUCUUCGACUACGCCUCCCGCCAACUGGGUUUUCGCCAUUCAUACUCUUCGUUUCUUAUUCUCAUCCUCAAGCUCGGCCGCUCCAAGCACUUCUCUCUCGUCGACGAUCUUCUCCUUCGCCUAAAAUCCGAUGGGUACGAGGUGACCCCUACUCUUUUCUCGUACCUUAUUAAGAUUUAUGAUGAUGCAGAUUUGCCCGAGAAAGCUUUGAAGUCGUUUUACAAGAUGCUUGAAUUUAAUUGUAAGCCUCAACCUAAACAAUUGAAUCGCAUUCUUGAGUUACUUGUGUCUCAUAGGAACUACCUCCGACCUGCUUUUGAUCUUUUCAAGAGUGCUCAUAGAUAUGGGGUUUUGCCCAAUACUAAAUCUUACAACAUCUUGAUGCGAGCCUUUUGUCUAAAUGGGGAUUUGAGCAUUGCAUACUCACUGUUCAACAAAAUGUUUGAGAGAGAUGUUAGGCCGGAUGUGGAGUCUUAUAGGAUAUUGAUGCAAGGGCUGUGUAGGAAGAGUCAAGUGAAUACCGCAGUGGACUUGUUGGAAGAUAUGUUGAACAAAGGGUUUGUUCCGGAUUCAUUGAGUUACACUACUCUGUUGAAUAGUUUGUGCAGGAAGAAGAAGCUUAGGGAGGCUUACAAGCUUCUUUGUAGAAUGAAAGUUAAAGGGUGCAAUCCUGAUAUUGUGCAUUAUAGUACAGUGAUAUUGGGAUUUUGUAGGGAAGGACGUGCAAUGGAUGCUGUUAAGGUUCUUGAGGAUAUGUCCUCAAAUGGGUGCGUGCCAAAUUUGGUGUCUUAUAGGACUUUAGUUGGUGGGUUAUGUGAUCAGGGGCUGUUUGAUGAAGCUAAAAGAUUCAUGGGGGAAAUGUUGUCGAAGGGGUUGUCUCCACAUUUUUCUAUUUCACAUGCUUUGAUUAAGGGGUUCUGCAAUGUUGGUAAGAUAGAGGAAGCUGUUGAAGUGGUGGGGAAAAUGCUAAAACAUGGGGAAAUUCCAUACACAGAUACUUGGGUGACAAUAAUCCCCAGAAUUUGUGAAGAAGAUGAGAUGCCACGGAUGAGGGAGAUCUUAGAAGAGGUUAUGAAGGUAGAAAUAAAGCCAGAUACAAGAAUAGUAGAGGCAGGCGGUGCUUUGGAAGAUUACUUGAUCAGGAAAAUAAGAUCUACACAUGGGAGGGCUUAAGCAUUUUUCAAGAUGCUCUGUUACGUUGGUUCACUAAAUGGUGCCAUUCAUGCCUGUAUUCUUGCAUUGAGUCAUAUCAGUACUCUAAAUACAUGUAUUUUUUAUGG